AUGGAUGAGAAAGAAGUUACUGAAGAAAACAAACGAAGCCAUGAUUGUAAGGAGUUAAUUGUCUCUCUUCCUAGAGAGAAGGGUUGGAUAACACCUUAUCUCCAUUUAUUCCAAGGAUUUUGUGUUCCAAAAUCAGGAACAACUUGGUUGAAAGCCCUCACCUUUGCCAUUGUCAAACGACAACAUUUUCCCAUCUCAGAGAACCAUCCUCUACUUGUUUUCAAUCCCCAUGAACUUGUGCCUCCAUUUGAAUUUGUCAUUUAUGAUGAAAAUAAUUGGCAAGUUCAUGAGCUACCCAAAAUGCCAGAGCCAAGGCUUUUUGGAACCCAUGUUCCAUUUGCUUCAUUGGCCAAAUCAAUCAAAGAGACAAACACUAAGAUCAUUUACAUUUGUAGGAACCUAUUUGACACUUUCAUAUCUACCUGGGUUUUUGUCAACAGAAUUAUGCCUGAGUUUUUGCCUGCAUUACCUCUAGAGGAAGCUUUUGAAAGGUACUGCAAAGGGAUAAUUGGAUUUGGUCCAUCAUGGAACCAUAUACUUGGGUAUUGGAGAGAGAGCAUUGCAAGACCAGAUAAGGUUUUGUUCUUGAAGUACGAAGAUGUUAAAGAAGAUGUUGUCUUUAAUGUUAAAAAAAUUGCAGAAUUCUUGGGUUAUCCUUUCACUGAAGAAGAGGAAAGUAAUGGAGUGAUUGAAAAUAUAAUUAAGUUGUGUAGCUUUGAAAAUAUGAAGGAAUUGAUGGUAAAUAAAUGUGGAACCAUGGGCAAAGGAAGGAUAGUUGAGAAUAAGUAUUUCUUUCGGAAGGCUGAAAUAGGAGAUUGGGUAAAUUAUUUUUCUCCUUCAAUGGUUGAAAAAUUAUCCAAAAUUAUUGAGGAAAAAUUUAGUGGGUCGGAUCUAUCAUUUAGAUUGUGUGAUCUGAAUAAUAGUACUUAG